AUUUCCUCGAAUCGUAUGUGGAUUGGUCACGCUCAAGUAAAGCUGCAAAAUGAAAGAUGGGGAAAUUGUUUAGAUGAGCUUGGUUGUGGCAUUACAGCCAGAAAUAUACGAUGCUUGAUGUUUUUGGGAAGUUUGGCCGCUACCCAAAAUACCCAGGUCCUUCAGAAAUGACACCUGGUCGAUAGUUCAAGGAACAACUAAGACAAUUUGCAAAGACCCGGAUUGAUUGUGCGGAGUGAGAGCAAGAGACAGACUUUUCGGCCAGACGCUGUCAAGGCAUGCUUCUCGUGUGCAACUCGGGCUUUAGCAGAUCACCAUGAAAAAAAUAUUUGGCUUUGUGAAGAAAAAGAAAGGUCCAUCUUCUAAUGCUUCAGAUUCUGGCAGUGUUUUCUCAGUGGGUUACGAUCUGAAGGAAAAAGAUUUGGGAAAACUGCACAAAGCAGCCGUUGCAGGAGAUCUGGCAAAGUUGAAACAGCUGAUAAAGAAAAAUGACAUCAAUCAGCUGGAUAAAGAAAACCGAACUCCGUUACAUCUUGCAUGUGCUCAAGGACAUGCUGAAGUUGUCCGUUUCUUGUUGGAUAACAAGGCAAAGCUUAACCUAUGUGAUAAUGAUAAUCGAACACCAUUAAUGAAGGCUGUCCAGUGCCAACAGGAACGAUGUGCAGUUUAUCUUUUGGAGCUGAAUGCAGACCCCAAUCUUGUAGAUGCCGAUGGAAACACUGCACUCCACUUAGCUGCCAUGAUUCCUGACCUGUCCCUGGCAACGCAUCUGCUGGAACAUGAUGCACAUGUUAAUGCUUCAAACAAGGAAGGCUUCACUCCCCUAAUUUUAGCUGUUGCAAAAAAUCACCAAGAGAUGGCAGAGUUUUUAUUGAAAGAAGGUGCCAAUGUAGACUCAACAGACAGUUUAAAAAGGACAGCUUUAAUGUUUGCUGCUAACAAUGGUCAGAUAAAUAUGGUUCGUUUACUGCUUCGGUAUAAUGCUGAUAUAUCUGUAAAAGAAGAUAAAGGAUGGACUGCUGAAGAUUAUGCAGUUAUGAAUGGACAUCAUGCAUGCUCACAUUUAAUAAUUGAGCAUGGCACCAAGAAAAGAUCACAGCAACCAGUUUCUUAUGGUGACAGCAUCAAAGGGAAAGGUGCAUCCUUCUUCUCUAGCCCAGUUCGAAGCCCAGAGUCAGGUUUCACUUUGGGAGAACCAGCUACAGAUAAAGAAGAAAUGCAGCAAGCUCCAGAGCAGGCAGCAGAAGCAGGUGAUUCAGGGAAAGGUGCAGAUGAUGAUUCCCAAGCUGAAUCUAUUAGUCGGGCAUCAAAUAGAGCUGGAGACUCUUGGGCUUCAUCUGAUGAAGAUGAGGACUUUGACUUUAGCCCCAAGAAACCACAGAGGCCAAACUUGACUAAACUAAUGAAUUCAUCGCAAAAAGACAAGAAAAAUGUUUUUGAAAAUGCUGUUACUAGAAAUCCCCGACCUGUAGAGCAACCAGAACCCAGUAAGUUAAAAUCUAAUGAAGACUCUAAGCAGAAGUAUGAAGAUGAUACAGAUCAUUCCCUUCCCAAGGCCCUUUCCUUCUCUGCUGCUCCUGUUCACCCAGCAGUCCCUUCCAAUGCUCCUAUUUCCAAACAUCCUAUGACCAAUCCUGCUCCUGUCAAAGAACCCAAAAAGAAAGAGGCUACAGUAGCGGAUGAGGAAGAGGAGGAGGAGGAGGAGGAGGAUGAUGAUGAGGAGCAGGAUGAUGAAGAUGAUGAAGAUCAAGAUGAGGCCAUGGAUGGUCAUUUCCACAACACUAAAGUUUUAAAAGAAGAUUCUGUAUCUCCUUCUUCACCAUCUCCAAAAGGUGUUCAACUACAAAGCAGGACAGAAGAUAGCAAAAGAGAUUUUUUGUCUGAAUUGGGUCUGGAAGUACCAGAACAUGAAGCUGAUGAUGACAAUGAUUCUCCAUGGGACUCUGAAUCUGCUUCAGAUAGUCCAAGAAAAAUCCCAACUGUAGCUAAGUCACAAGCAGUGAUGAGCAUGAUUGCUGAGGAGACAAAUGAAGAUAGAAGCGAAAAGCUGAGAGAAAAAAAUCAGAUGUCAUCCAAAGAAGUAUCUGAUGUUCGAAGUCCACCAAUAUCGAAGGAGAUGGUAGAAAAACAGAAAAAAGAUUUAUUGUCAGGUUUAGGGCUGGAAGCAGAAGAAGAUAAUGAUUCUCCAUGGGACUCAGAGUCUGAUUUCAACAGUCCAAGAAGAACAAAAGGAGGUCUUGUAAUACUACCUCUAACUAAAUCAGAUGCAAAGAAAACUAUAACUACUCAGGAGAAAAAGGAAGAUGUCUUUGAAGAACUUGGGUUGAAUGAUGCAGAUGAUAUUGAAGACCAAAACAAGUGUGCACAAGAUGCAUCGGAUUGGGAUUCUGUUAGUACAACAAGCAAAAAUCUAAAUGAGAUCCCAGUUCAUUCUCCAGGUCAAGAAGUGAAAACUAUCAUCUCAUUUUCUGCUGCAUCAUCAGUGCACAAUGUUAAAACUCAGAGUGUAGGUGAAAAUGAAGAAUCACUUGUGGAAAAGGAAAAGGAAAACAACAGUGAAAAUCACCAUGGUAUAAAAGAUGACAGCAGCAGUGAUCAUCUUGAACUGGAAGAGAAGCAGGAAAAUGAUCUCUUGCAAACCGACAAGAUAGCCUUUGAAGUCUCACCUAUAGGUGGGUUUCUAAGGGCAGAACAUCUGACUCCAAAUGAGGAGGAAGAUGAAGAAGGAGGAAGUAAUAUCCAAGUUACAAAUAAGAGAGAUUUACCGAAUGAAAAUGAUUUGGAUAUUUUCUGGGAAAAGAGAUAUGAAAAAAUCUGGGUUGAAAGGGAAAAGAGAGAGGUAAAAUCUCAGUACAGGAAUGUGACUGCUGAACUUAAGGAAAAAUUUGGAGAGAUUGCCUUGAAACAGCCCGAGGUGUCAAUUUGUUUAUCUCCAACAAUAUCAGUGGAUGAUGAUGACUGUCAUGUUCAUAGUUUGAAAACUGAGUCUAAAGUAAAUGUUGAAAAUGUUCUACUGUUGACAGAUACCUCAAAAAUUCAGUCUAUUCUAGAACUGAGUAAACCCCGUUUAGAGAACACAAAUAAUGGUCCCUCUCCCUCUAAGCUGGAUAAUAGCUGCAGUAACAUAGAGGAAACAAAGUUUUGCAAUUUGCAGAAUUCUGGUGAAGUAUCUGACAAUUCUAAAAAGACUCAAAUGCCUAAUUUCACAACAUUUGAGAGUGAAAUACAGCCGACUUCAGUUCAAAAUGAGAUUGCAGGCUAUGAUACAGAUUUGGAUUCAGAUUCAGCUGAAGAUCUGGAAGAGAAAUUGACAAACAAGAAAAGUGGAUGUACAGAUGCAAAAAACAAUAGUAGCAAGGAAAUGGAUAGCGAACAUCUGGACUGUGUGGAUGGUGGAAUAAAAAAUCCUUACCCAUUAGAUGAAGAUAAGAAAGUUGUUACCACAAUUUCACAACCUAUACACGUUACAUCUUCUAAGUACCCCUCAGAUGAGCAGCUUAAGGAAUCUAUGGAGAAAUUUAAGAAUGAGGUAGGGAUGCUGAAGGUUGUAUUCCUAACUUUGAAGAAAGACAAAGUUCAACUGCAGAAAGAGGUGGAAAGGAAACAGAAUAAACUAUCUGGUGAACAGAAAUGUAACAUUAUUAAAGACUAUUGCGAAUCAAAGACUCUAAAUGGCCAUAUUCCUAAAGGCAUUAACCUGACCUCAGAUGAGGAAGAUAUUGAUAAUCCAGAACUGCCCAGGAAUGAGCUAAAUAAAACUGGCAAAUUGACUCACAAGACCCAACUGACUAACCCUAUUAAUGGAGAGCCACUAUCUGUUUUUGAUGAUAGUACAUUAAGUGAAGUAUCAGAAGAUGGAGGAAGGCCAAUCCCACGAAUUAGCAGGAAAAAUAAGAAUACUAAGACUACAGAAAUUGAAAAUGAUUUUGAUGACUUCACCCAGUCUUCUGAUACUGCUACUGAAGAGCUAGAGAUGCCUGUCUCUGGAUGUAAAAAUGCAUCUUUGAUGAUUAAGCAGCUUGAUAGCAGCUCUAUAGAUCAUGUCGCUCUGGUGAAGAUUCAAAAUGUGUUUCAUGAGUAUGAACGUACCAUAGAACGAGAAAAAGGGCGCUAUGCUUUACAGUCUGACAAAGUUAAGCAACUUGAAAAUGAAAAUAAAAAAAUCCAAAGAUCAUUGGAGGAGACAAGGGACAUUAAAUCAAUGCUUGAACAUAAAAAAGUUGAAUGGGAGACUGACCAAAAUAAUUUAAAGUUUGUUCUGAAACAGGAGCAAGAGAAGCACAAAAAUGCCCAAAUGCUCUAUGAAAAAAGUAGAGAGCAGCUGAAAAAAAAGGAAGAGCAAUACUGUAAAGAAGUAGAGGGAACACAGCAGCUUGAGCUUACGCUAAGGAAUAUGGAAAUGGAAAUGAAAGCUUUACUCAACAAAAAGAAAGAGCUCGAAGAUGAGCGAGACGAAGCUCAACGCUUAUUAUCCCAGGAACGCAGUGCGCGUUCUAUGCAAGAGGGAAUACUUAAUAAUCACCUCCGAAGACAAAAAGAAAUUGAGCAAGAAAAUAAAGUCACUUUAACCAAGAGUACUGAGGUUUUUUCUCCGCUAUCUGAAGUAAGUGACAAGGAGAAGGACUUGGCACAACAGAACAGUAGGCUUCAGGAGGAAAUAGCUAUAUUGAAGUUAGAACUGGAAAAAGAGAAAACUCACAGCCAGGCUGGAGAAACCAAGUAUCUUGACGAAAAUGAAGCUCUGAAAGAAAAAGUAGAAGACCUGAAACAAGAUUUGAAAUUAAAUGAGGAAGCCCUAGCGCACACGGUUUUUCAGUAUACUGGCCAGAUUAGUACACUUAAAACUGAAAAUACUUUAUUAACCACAAAAUUAGAGCAUGAGAAACAAGCAAAGGACAAACUAGAGGUUGAGGUGGAGUCUGUGCAUACUAGACUUGCUUCUGCAAUUCAGGAGCUGGAGCGCAACUACUCGGGGAAGGCAAAUGUUGAGCGGGCCCUUCAACAAGAAAAAGGUGAAAUAGUCCGCCUUCAGGAAAAGAGCAACAGUGAAAUGACCAAGCUACAGGAGUCCAUUAAUAGUUUAUCUCAGCAGCUGAGCAAGGCAGAACUAAAAGCAAACUGUCUAGAGAAUGAGUGUCAUCGUGCUACCCUCUCCCUCACAGAAAAAACCGUACUCUUUGAGAGUACUCAGCGGGAAAAGGAGCAAGUUCAGUCUCGCCUAAAAGAAACUGAAAACCUGUUACAAAUUGAGAAGGAACAAUUAAGCAAAUCAUUGGUUCGGCAGGAGUCUAUGCAAGAAAGGCUAGCUCAAGCACAAAGUGAAAACAUGCUACUGCGACAGCAGCUUGACGAAGCUCAGAACAAGGGACUUAUCAAAGAGAGGGUAGUGAAUGAUGUUCAGGACCGCUUCAAUGAUAUUCUGACUCAACUACGUGCAGACACUGAAGACAGAGUCCAUAUGAUUGAAGAAAGGAAUAAAGAAGUUGUAACUAAAAACAAUGAGUUAAAUGAAAAAAUUCAAAGGCAUGAAAGUGAAAAGGUUGAGAGAGAGACUACAUUAAGACAACUUCAGCAGGAACUUGCUGAUGCCUUGAAAAAGCUUUCCAUGUCUGAGGCAUCACUUGAGGUCAAUAUCCGGUAUCGCAGUGACUUAGAGGAAGAAAAAAUACGACUGCAAAAAGAUAUCGAGAGACUAAAAGGAAAGUUACAGGAAAUGGAAGAUCAGUAUGUUCAUUCAGAGCGCAGAAGUCAUGACUUGAAGAAUGCACUUGAGGACAAAGAAAGAGAAGUCAUUGCAUCAUCUCAGAAACUGCAGGAGAUGAUCUCAUCCUCAUCUGGAACAUCAAAGACAAUGAAGCAGUUGGAAGAACACACUCAGAGACUUGAAAUUGAAAAUGCCAGACUGGAAGCAGCAGCCAAACAACAGACAACAAAAAUAGAUGCACUUAAAACAGAAUUGCAAGAGUCCAUAUCAAUAUCAGAUGCCCAACCUGAAAUAAGGGUAAGAAAUCGUUUAGAAGAAGUAGUGACAAACUUGCAGGGAAGCAAAAUCAGUUUAGAAGAGCAACUGAAUCGAGAGGUUCAAAAACAAAAUAUGUUAUCACAUAAUGCACAAGAUUCCCAUUUGUUGUGGGAGGAAGAGCUUAAAUCCAGGUCCAAACUUGGCAUUCGACUUACUCAGCUGGAAAGAGAAAAGAGUGAAAUGGUGGGGCAGGUAGAGACAGAAAAGAAAAGAAUUAAAAAGAUAUCAGAGUUGAAGCGAUCUGUAGAGACAAGACUUGAUCAGGAGAUGAAGAGAAAUAGUGAACUCCAAAAGGAACUAAACAGGAUGAGAACACUUGCCAAAACAGCUAAAAAAAAGUUAAAAGAACAGGAGAAUGGUGAAUUCGCCUCUCAGAUCAGCAGUAUCAGAGGAGAGUUUAAUUUUAGACAUCAUCAUGAGACAGAAUCUACAGUUGGUAGAAUGAAGUCUAAAAUGGACGAACUCAGCCAGCAACUAGAAAAUGAAUCAGUGAAGUGUAGAAAACUGGAAUCAACUAACCGUGACCUACAAGAGCAGUUGUCUUCAAUGAAAACACUACACAAAAGCCACGAGAAGCUCGAGAAAAAUAAAAGACAGCUUGAGGAAGAAGUUUUAAGCCUUCGGCAUCAUCUGGAAAUGAAUAUAACAGAUCAGAGCCAAAUGGAACACUAUAAAAGGGAAGUGGAAGAAAGAGCAAGACAGGAUAUCCGCCAGAAACUUGAAGAGGUCAAUCUGUUCCUUCAGACUCAAGCUGCCUCUCAAGAGGCUUUGGAACAAAUUAAAGCCACUAAUGAAGCAACUUUAAGAAAUCAGUUAGAACAACGAAUAAAAGAUCUUGAGAGUGAACUAAGUCGAAUAAAGAAUACACAUCAAGAGAAUAUGAACCAACGGGACUCAACGCAGACAGAACUGGAACGGUAUAAAGAACUAUAUGCUGAAGAGCUCAAGUUGCGCAAGUCUUUGGCAGCUAAACUUGAUCGAUCUAAUGAAAGGCUGGCGGAAGCCAACACUAAGUUACUUAAUGAACGGCAACGAAGCAAGUCCUUAAUUGCAAGUAACUUUCUUAAUGGAAGCCUGUCUGCAAGCCCUACUCUUGAUAUGAACCAGUUGCAGGGAAGUAUGGGUAACUUUGGUGGAACCUCAUCUCCUUUGAAUCGAAGUCUGGGCCUUGGAGGAAGUUUUCUGAACCCAGUCGGAGAAAGUUUAUCACAGAACAGCAAGGUGGAGGCCUACAUUGCAAAGAUGCAGAGUGAACUAGAGAAAAGCAUUACUAAGGAAUUAGAGCAAGCCACGGCCGAGCUGAAUGGCGGUUCAAUGCGAAUGUCUCCUGUUGGAUCAGCUGCUGGAUCAAAAAGUAGCCAUUUUGAAAAGGACCCAGUAACUCGAGCAACACAGCAAUACUUAGAGGUUUUAAAGAAAAAUUAUAUGAUAUAAUUACCACAAGUGUUUGCACAGAACAUUGCGCUAAUAUCAAUGUAAUGUCAGAUCAACUUAAUAAUAAUGAUUGUCAUUUUCCCCAUUAAUUUAAUCAUUUUAGUAGAACAUAAAAUGUUGCACGAUGAGCUCAUAUUAUCAGGUCUAACACUUCCCCGUUGCUUAUCGCCAACAUGUCACAGAAAAAACUUGAAUAUGUGACUUUCAAAUAGUUUUAUUCAUUACAUCAUGUUUUUAUAUUUAUCUUGUUUUAACUGAAAAGCGGGUUUUACAAGAAGAAAGACCAAAUUGACCUGUUAAAAGGUUGGAUGUUUUAUAUACAUGUCACGGUUUAACGAUAACCAGGUAACUUAAUUUUUGGUUUCGUAAAUGGCAUUUUGCAAAUGUCCAUGGCUAUAAAAACAAUUUCUUUUUAAUGUUUUCCUUACAUGGUCUGAAUUUUUUUGGAUGUGUUUAAUCCUUUUAUUUAUCAAAUGUAUAUACUGGUACUGCAAAAAUCCCAUCCUUAGCAAUCAAAUAACAGUAAAACUAAUAGUUAUAACUUCACUAAAGAUCUAAUGUCUCUGAUGAAGCAUGGGAUUUUGUGCACUAAUACAGCUAUUUGCUGAAAUCAGGUAUUGUACAAAGGUGUGUUAAAUGUUUACGCCAGUGAGACAAGCUUUUGUUUCAUAGCAUCAGUGAUGAUCUUCAUGAAAAGCCUCCAAAGAAAAGUCGAGUAAUGUUUUGAGGUAACUAAAUAGUGCAGAACAAUCACAAAUGUGUGUCCAAAUCUUGUACAGCUCACUAGUGGCAGGGAUGUGCUGGCCAUUUGUUGUUAAUACAAUCAAAAUUAAAAAAAAACAACUUUUUAAAUUAAGGCUAUAUCAAUGUAUUGAUAUGUAUUCAUAUUUUAUGUACAUUACCUAUGUAAUUCUAUAUUUGAUAUGUAUGCUGCUAUCUGUGUUCAGUUGUAAUGUACUGUAGUACUGUAUCUAUUUUUACAUCUUGUCUACUUUGUCAUUUGUAACUCAUUCCUGAGGUAUUCACUAGUAUUACAUGGUUUCUUCUGCCUCCAACAGUAUUCAUUUUAUAUUGAAUAUUUUGCCAAGAAAAAUUAAAAUUUGUAUGCCAUUACAAAAUGAAAUACAA